CGCCGGCGCAGGUGCGGAGAGGUGCAGAGCGGGGCAGGUGGCACCAACAGCGCGUCCCUCAGGCCUCGAGCGCACGCAUUCCAGCGGCCACCCAGACCAUGCUCCGCUGACUGGGCGCCCAAGCUGCAGUCGCCCUCUGUGUGCAGGCAGCAGCUGCCUGGCAACCCCCGAGCCCGCUCGCGCUGCCAGCAUCGCAGAACCAGGGCCAGGUGUCCUAGUGGCUGUGGCCAAGCCAGGCAUUCUGACCGGCGGCGGCUGCACAGGAGCGAGAACUGAGAACCCGCCGCUCAACCCCACACAGGGUGACUGCUGAGGGCCCAUACCAACAGCCCCGAUCUCCCUCAGGUGGAGGACUGGGCGGGAGGCACAGCCUGGGGGCCCUCAGGCUGGGCGCGCUGGCAAUCCCGAGGCCGACCAGGCCAUGCACCUCCAGCCCGCCUGGGCACCCAAGCUGCAGCCGCCUUCUUUGUGCAGGCAGCAACCUCCAGGCAACUCCCGAGUCCGCCCUCACUUCCCACAUCUCGGAACGAGGGCCAGAUGUCCCUGUGGCUGCGGCCAAGCCAGGCGGUCUGCCCUGCAGCAGCUGCACGGGGGCGGGAACCGGCCCUCAGCCCUAUCCCCCGUGGCUGCAGAGGGCCCUUGGCUAGAGGUGUCGAGCUCUGGCAGAGGAGGAGCCGGGCGGGGGCAGGGUCUGGCGGGCUCUCAGGCCAGGGGCACUCGCGAUCCAGAGGCCGCCCAGGCCAUGCUCCACCACCUGGGCGCCCAGCUACAGGCGCCAGGCAACUCCCAAGCUGGCUGGCGCGCCCAGCCUCGCAGACCCGGGUCUGGAUGUCGCCGUGGCUGCGGCCAAGCCAGGCGGUCUGCCCGGCGGCGGCUGCACCCGGGCAGGAACCGACCAUCAGCCCCAUCCCCGGUGGCUGCAGACGGCCCCUGGAGCGGCCCCGACCUCUCUUCCGAGGAGAAGAGGGGCGGGAGACAUGGCCAGGCAGGCCCUCAGGUGGGAAGUGAUGCGCGCCUGCGAUUCCCGGACGUACCGCGCCAGCCCAGGAGAACCCGGAAGCCAGCAGCUCCUGUUUCUCUGUGUGAUUCUGUGAGGAACCACCAAAUUGUUUGCCACGGCAAGUGCAUCAUUUUCUAUUCCUAGCAGCCAGUUCAUGAGGGCUCCAA